UGGCGGCUCGAGAGGCGGCUAGUCGCGCGCUCGCUUUCCCAAGAUGGCGGCCGCUAAGGACGGUCGUGGAUUAGGAGAAGUGGCCGCAGGGAACGGCCGGCGGCUCCACCUGGGGAUUCCUGAGGCCGUGUUUGUGGAAGAUGUGGAUUCCUUCAUGAAACAGCCUGGGAAUGAGACUGCAGAUAUAGUACUGAAGAAGCUGGAUGAACAGUACCAGAAGUAUAAGUUUAUGGAGCUCAAUCUUGCUCAAAAGAAAAGGAGGCUGAAAGGUCAGAUUCCUGAAAUUAAGCAGACAUUAGAAAUUCUAAAAUACAUGCAGAAGAAAAAAGAGUCCACCAGCUCACUGGAGACUAGAUUCUUACUGGCGGAUAACCUGUAUUGCAAGGCUUCAGUUCCUCCUACUGAUAAAGUGUGUCUGUGGUUGGGGGCUAAUGUGAUGCUUGAAUAUGAUAUUGAUGAAGCCCAGGCAUUGUUGGAAAAGAAUUUAUCGACUGCUACAAAGAAUCUUGAUUCCCUUGAGGAAGACCUUGACUUUCUUCGAGAUCAAUUUACUACCACAGAAGUCAAUAUGGCCAGGGUUUAUAAUUGGGAUGUAAAAAGAAGAAACAAAGAUGAUUCUACCAAGACCAAAGCAUAAUGCUGGCAAUUAAAAGUGUGGUUCAGUUUUCAAAACAUGUUAUUUUAAGUACCCCAAAGUUUAUCCCUAAAGGUUGACAUUACUUUGACUGAUUUUUUUGAACAGUAAAAGCGGUAGUUAAAACUUUAAAAAACAAGAUAAACAUUUUAUUAUAAAAACAAAGUUAGUUUCAAAUAUUUUGUGAAAUUAGCAGUAUUUUAAUUUUUUUAUUUCCAACAAAGUAAAUGCUACUUUCAUCUUUUUUUUGUUGUUGUCGGUCAUAAACAAAGUCUUAGCUGGAAUGGCUGAAAACUGUGAGGUAUACUCUUGAACCUAAUUCUGGACACUAGCACAGUUUACUUUUUCUUUAUUGGCUGAUAUUACUCUUACUUGAUGAUGUAGUUAAACCAGUUUAGAGGUAGGAAAAGCACUUAGUUUAAAUAUUUCCAAACUUGUUUUCUUUAGUACAUGUGGGGCUUUAUGGCUCUCUGUUGCUGUUAUUUGUCUUAUAUAAUGGAUUUUCAUGAAGUGCUGCUUAGCCAAUAGCUAUCUAUUAUAAUAUUCUGUACUUUUAAGGAACUGGUAAUUGGCCUUCCUAAGUAGUAAGAGGGCUAUUGAGAUGCUUUUUCUUACCCCAUAGAAGUACACAGUGUCUUUGCAAUGUCAACAUAAGGGAGAUCUUGGCCAACGUGAAACAACAAAAUUCUUUAGCCUCUCAAAACUCUUGGCUAAGGCAAUUUUGUAUUUCUUAACAGUUCUCCAAAGCAGCUGAACAAAAAUGUUAAGCUAAAUAUAAAUCUGCAGUGGUUGAAAAGAUUUGUGAGCUUUUUUUAUUCAUGAUAAGACCUCAUGGGAAGACUAGAAAAUCCCUGUGGAAAGCCGUUGGUACAGUGGCUAAUGCUGGAUGUAGAGAUUCUGGUAAAAACACAAAUGUAUUAUUCCAUCUCCAUGUAGAGAACAAAAUAUACUCGUACAAUGUUUUGUAGUUGUAUUUCAUGAUAUUAAAACAUUGAAGUUAAAACUGUG